CGGCGGCGGCGCCGGGGGCAGCAGCGCUUCCUGCGGCUCGCGGGGGCCGCGCGGGGCCUCCCAGACCCGCCGCGGCCCGGCCGGAGCGCGAGGGGCUAAAAAAAUUUACAGCUGAAAUCGUCUUUAUGAAACCGAUCCUUGGUCAAGUGUAACUUUAGAUGUAUGGUCUCUAAAGCCCCCCACUAUGCCAGCAGCUACCGUAGACCAUAGCCAAAGAAUCUGUGAAGUUUGGGCUUGUAACUUGGAUGAAGAGAUGAAGAAAAUUCGUCAAGUUAUACGAAAGUAUAACUAUGUAGCUAUGGACACAGAAUUUCCAGGAGUAGUUGCAAGGCCUAUUGGAGAAUUCAGAAGCAAUGCAGACUAUCAGUACCAACUCUUACGCUGCAAUGUCGACUUGCUAAAAAUAAUUCAACUAGGACUGACGUUUAUGAAUGAGCAAGGAGAAUACCCUCCAGGAACUUCAACUUGGCAAUUUAAUUUUAAAUUUAACUUAACAGAAGAUAUGUACGCUCAGGACUCUAUUGAACUAUUGACGACAUCUGGUAUCCAGUUCAAAAAGCAUGAAGAAGAAGGAAUUGAGACACAGUACUUUGCAGAACUGCUCAUGACAUCAGGAGUUGUAUUGUGUGAAGGAGUCAAGUGGCUUUCUUUUCAUAGCGGAUAUGACUUUGGCUAUCUAAUCAAAAUCCUGACAAACUCCAAUUUACCUGAGGAAGAGCUGGACUUCUUUGAGAUACUGCGAUUGUUUUUUCCUGUCAUCUAUGAUGUAAAAUAUCUCAUGAAGAGUUGCAAAAAUCUGAAGGGUGGAUUACAAGAAGUGGCUGAGCAGUUGGAGCUUGAAAGGAUAGGACCACAGCAUCAGGCAGGAUCCGAUUCUUUACUCACAGGAAUGGCCUUUUUCAAAAUGAGAGAAAUGUUCUUUGAAGAUCACAUUGACGAUGCCAAAUACUGUGGCCAUUUAUAUGGCCUUGGUUCUGGGUCAUCUUAUGUACAAAAUGGCACAGGAAAUGCUUAUGAAGAAGAAGCCAACAAACAGUCAUGACAUGAAAUGAAAGGCCGUCUUUUUGACCUCCACAUGCUUGUAUAUAGGUUUUAUCUCUGGUUGAAACCCCUUGGACAAUUAAGGCUUUUUUCCCCCAUUUCUCAGCACACUUUCUUUUCUGCCUUUCUAUGUACUAAACUUGACUGUUCCUAUCACAGAUUUUGAUCUUAAUAUUGAUAUGUAAAAUUUUCUGGGUUACAUUUUGGCCUCUUAACAAGCCCGUUUGUAAAGAAGCAUGUAUAGUAUCAGUGAGGCAGAGAGAAGGGGAAAGUUGAAUCAUAAUGAAUAGUCUGGGAAACUUAUCUAUAUUAUUCUUCCAGUUUUUUGUCUUUCCCUUCCCUUCUCCAAAUUAAUUGGCUCAGAUUAUAAUUAACUUCUCCCUUCAUGUCUGUUCCUUCCAGUAUGCAGGCGUUUUAGCUAUUCAAGAUUGUGGACCAUCAAAUUUGCACUUUAGAGAGCGACUCUGACUCAGAUCCUCUGUUUUAUUUGAAGUUUGUUUUGGUUUUUUCUUUUGCCCUCAGCUAGAAAACAAUCAUCUGCCAAGUUCAGCAGCUUCAAGCUGUAUUUCCUUGGUAUUUCAGCCCACARAACGUGACUUAUUUGCUGCAUAAUCUCUGUUUGUUCAAGCAAAACAAACUACUGAAAUCAUAGUAAUUGCUCUUACUUUACUAGUGUUCAGUCAUCUUCCAACACAUCCUGUACAUGUCAACUGCUGGUUGACCUGCUGCUUUAAAACCGCUCUUUGAUGGAAGAAAGAGGCUUGAAAAAACAGCUUUACACCCUUCAGGAAGAGAACAGCUAUGACUUUAGCCUUUUUGCCAUUAAGCUCAGAGUUGAAGGAUAUUGGAAAAGUUGGAGUCUUGUAAUGGCACACUUCCCUUGAUUAACCUUGUGGCUUUUAUUGUAGUAAUGUACACCUCAGAUAUUUUUUAUGAAGUCAUAUUUAUUAUGUACUUGAUUCUCAUAAAUUUUUUAAGUCAGUUAAAGAAAAACCCCAAAGACCUGAAAAAAUGCUAUUUAAUUGAAUUAUUGAAUUAGAAGGACAAUUAAAUCAUGCUUUUUUGUAGUUGUUACAAAGACAGAUGUUACAGAUAUUUGUUGUAAGACAACAAAAUAUAAAUAACUUGCAGCUAAUAAAGUUACCUGAGGAGUGUAAUGCUAGUUUAUUUUUGAGUAUAUCUUACAAUAUAUUUUAGAUAUAUUGUUUUAAAGGACCCUAAAGUAUGUUCUUAACUCUGCAUAGYGUGUAUACACAGCAGUUGUGCAGGAAGGAUUUUUGGCAUUGAAUAGCUAAAUACUAGCCUGAAAUGAUGGAAUGUGUGACAUUGUGUGUCUGUGCGUGUGCACGCGUACGUGUGUUUGACACGGAAAUCAAUGGCAGAAAAAUCUCCAAAUGUUCACCACUUACUCUGUUUUAUCUUGUACUUAUAAGCAAAAAAUCAAACACCUUUUUCUCAAUGAAUUAUGAUGAUGUAACUGGGCGAUCCUUUUUAAACAAGUAAUUUGCAUAACAGAGGGUAUUUGUUUUUAAAGCUUUUGUAAAUAAAGGCCUAAGAAAUGUUUUCUUACAUAACAAGAGACUGGUGGUUUUGUUGCAAAACUUUUCCUGGAAUGUGAUUAUUUAGUCAGUUCAGCUCUGUUUUGUUAGGCAUGACAGUUCUCUUCCACAUGCUUAUAAAGUGAACUAACUCACUGCUCCCUGACUGAUUCCACAUUCAGGGCAGAAUUGUGUUCAUGUGUUUCCAAAUUCUUACUGUCCUGAGCUGCAAGAGUGGUGAUUGCAAUUUACUUCUSAGGCAUCCUAAUCCCAUUAGUGAUUUUAUACCAUUAUGCAUUAAUGAUGGCGACUUGUUUCAACUUCAAUUGUCUUUGUCUUUAAUAAGAUAGUGACAGUGAAARCAGGAUGAAUUCUUAUUGUGGUCUCCAGGAAAAUUUGCAUACACGUGGAACAAAGAAGCCUUGAAAUUUGAUUUAAAGUAGUUGCUUUAAAGUAGUAGCUUUGCCUAAAGCAUAUGGAUACAGUUAUCUGGUURGCUUGAACAGAAUGACUCUUCGAAGGACUUUAAUGAAUUUUUGUUUUAAAGUAACUUUUUAAUCAAGGAUCAAAGGAAGUUUUUCGAGCCUUCUGAAUGUGAGCCUACAGUAGAAGUUUUAGUGCCGAUGGGGAUGUGCUUUGGAAAUGACUGCUGAGCAUCCCAUAUGCUGUGCUUUUCUUUGCCUCCUGUCAUAGAAUGCUUUGAGUUGGAAGGAACCUUAAAGAUAAUCUAGUUCCAGCCCCGCUGCCAUGGAGAGGGACAUCUUCCACUAGAUCARUUUCUUCCACUAGACCGGUAUUUGACUUCAAAGAAUUCUACUCUUGAGUUUUCUUCCUGUAAGAAAAGCUUUUCUGAAAAGGUACCAAUCAGCAUGAAACAGAUAAUGCUUUAUUCUGCAAGAGAACUUUGUUCACCGGGGUCACUGUGAUCUGUUUGUUGAGAGUURAUUGCAGCUGGAGAGACAUCUGUGCAUCAUUCAUUUCCUUGGCAAAAUUAGAUUUAGUUUCCAUUAAGGAGUGAUUUAAAUUGUGAAUUGUAGAGAUUAUGAAAAAAGUAAUUUGUUCUUAUGUGUAAGACCAUUACUUGUAAACUUCAGGGCCUGAAAUCUGAACCAGUUUCCAAAGUAGCCAGCUUUAAUUGCUUUUGCAAAUAUUAAUGUGCAGGCACAGUUCCAGCUGUCUAGACAUGCACCUUUUUGUUCAGAGAYAUGAAUUCUCUUUCUAGGCCUCUGCUUUCCUCGAUCCAUUUAAAAUACACUGUUGUUGAAUAGGUUUGCCAGAAAAAAUGCGAUAUCAAAACCUGUUAUAUCUGAUCUUUCUAUUUUAAUCCACUUGUAUUUUUGGCUUCUGGAGUCAGAUGAAUGUUCCAGGAACCUUAUGUUCUCUGUCACUGUUUUUUUAAUAUAUAUAGUUUUUAUUUUAAGCAUUUAGUUCGUUUGCUCAUUGAAACUAGGCAAGAAGCAUCCCUGAGGUAGAGGAAAAUAGGUCUGGAACAUAUUCAGAGUAUUUAAGACUUUUUCCUGUAUGAAUUUGUGGAUGACCUAUAACUUCUGACAUCCAAGAAAUUUCUCUUACCUUAUCUGACUGGUUACUCUAAGCUCAAGAAUGGUUCAUUCCCUUAUUCAAAAAAUCGAAGAAAAGUAGCAGGAAAGCCUGCAUUGCUGAACAAGAUGCUUCUGAAUCAACUCAAAACAAAGAAAGGUGUAAGUAGGACCUGUGACAUUGCU